UAUCUGUUUUGACAAAAGUAAAAAUAUACGUGUAAGUGCCACUGCUUUGGCGGGGGAGUCCAUUCUAUUCCAAGAAUAUCUAUUCCAUAUUUAAGUUUAUUGAUCCAAUGCUUAAUUAAUACAAUAGUUAUAUAGGAGUCUUUGAUAAAUAACUUUACGCCGCCCACCUGAACUACUAAACAUUGCGUAUGACAUCCCUAACAAAGUAGCUGAUAAAUAAUUAUAGCUUAAUUGAAAAUAUUCAACGAUUUCUUUCGAAAGCAACCCGACAUUUGGUGUGGGAAUGUUCCCACGUGUUAUAUUCUAGAAGAAUGACGGCGAACCGCUAUCAAGUACGUCUACAAGUGACUGCUCAAAUUGACGGCGAUCCGAGGCCCCGCCCAAAUCGCGAAACAAAUUGCGGACAAGGGGGCGACGGAGUCCCUGGCUGUUUCAACAUUAAUCAAUUUAGAGUAUUCGAGGCGGGCUCUGCGCACUCUCGUGGCAUUUCCAUGGACGGCGGCGACUAGAGCGAUCGCUGGUGGACGACGACAACCAAAUGCUGCGCAGGCGCUUGCUUACACUGUUUGUUAUCGCGCUGCUGGCCGGCGCUGUCGAGUCGCGCCGCGGCAGGGCAAGGAGUAGGACAAAAUCUAAGGUGCAAAUCGGGCUGCCCAUCACCGGCAAAUACAGAGAUCCGGAAUCUGAUCAGUAUUACAAUAACAAUGAUGGAGCUAAGAUCAUCCUGGCGUCACACUUCGACUUGGAGUACGUGUUGGGUCACAAGAUUGCUUUCCUCUGCAUCGCUAAGGGCUCCCCGCGACCACACAUCACCUGGUUCAAGGACGGAGUCGAAAUCUUCGCACAUCAUUACUUACAUAUCCACGAGUGGCCGAUCGGAGACGACCGAGUGAAAUCUAAGAUCGAGAUCGAUCCGGCGACGCAGAUGGACGCCGGCGUCUACGAAUGUACGGCAGACAAUAUGUACUCUAUCGAUCGCCGCUCCUUCAAGACGGACUUCUCUAUAGCCUUCGAUUGAACAAUCGUACAUAUUCACAUAUACACAUCGAUAAUAAAUGAAUAUUUUUUGUAAUAAAUUUAAAUCAAUCUC